AUAUGUAAAACCAUGCGCUCCGGUAUCUUGGUAUUUCAUAGUAAAUUCGCCACCGAGUCGGACUAUCCGUGAAAGUCAUCAUUACAUAUCUCCGUGUUUUUUGUUAAGCUCAUUUCGUGAAGAUAUAGGCGCGAUACCACCCACGAAUACUCGCCGAUCAAAUCCAGGACGUGUUGCAAAUGAAAUCGAUGGCAGAAAAGACCAUGAUGGAAAACCUGUUAACCCAAAAGACACAAAACUCGCAGUCUAAGUAUAAGUGGAAUAUUGUGUGGAGAAACGUGAUAUCUCUUACAUAUCUUCAUAUCGCUGGAUUUUAUGGAUUGUAUAUUGCAUUCACAGAUGCUAAAUUUUACACGUUUCUUUGGAAUUUAACAGUCGCUGUUUUUGCGGCUCUAGGUAUCACAGCAGGUGCUCACAGAUUAUGGGCUCAUCGAUGUUAUAAAGCAAAAUUGCCGAUGAGAGUUAUUCUUAUGAUUUUAGAGACCACAGCUUUUCAAAAUCACAUUUACGAAUGGGUAAGAGAUCACAGAGUACACCAUAAAUUCGUGGACACGGAUGCGGAUCCGUAUAAUGCAAAGAGAGGUUUCUUUUUCUCGCAUGUAGGCUGGCUUAUGGUCCGCAAGCAUCCGGACGUUAUUAGUAAGGGAGCGACGGUCGAUAUGAGCGACCUCGACAAGGAUCCUGUCGUUACCUGGCAACGCAAAUACUACUCUGUUCUGAUGCCCCUCUUCUGCUUUGUGCUUCCCAUGUGGGUAUCCAUUUACUUUUGGGACGAGAAACCUAUAUACGCGUGGUAUAUUGUCGUUGCGAAAUACAUAUUCCAGGUGAACAUAACUUGGUCAAUAAAUUCCGCGGCCCACUAUUGGGGUACGAAACCGUUCGACAAGUGAGUAUCAUCGAAUAUC